UUUUUACGUGGUAUCUGGGAAUCGAACUCAGUUCCUUAUGCGUGCUAGGUUAGUGCUCUAUUUGGUGAGCAGUCUCCCCAGGCUGAGAAUACAAUCUCUCUGUCAAUAUUAUGCUUUCUAUCAUAAGAACCACGGUGCAGGCAGCAUGCACGCAGUGCUACUGAGGAUCCCUGCUGAGGAACUGGCGGGAGGCAGAGAAAGGAAAAACAGUGGAGGAGUGUGAGCAGAGCUUUUGGCAGCCAGUCUGAACCCUCAGAAGAAUUCUCUUCAGAAACCAGAGUAAAACAGAACCAACCGUCCACGAUAAGGAAAAUCAAAAUCAACAUGUAGCAGUGACUCGAAAGAAGAAACGGGACUUCUCCUCCGGGACAAAGAUCUGUGGAUGGACUUCUAGAAGAUUCUUGCUUCGGCUUCCUCAGAACUUUCACAUCUACUUCCUUGAUGUCCUUUAACAAAACAAACAAGUCAAAAUGAGGAAGAGACACUUGAGACUGGGUCAGCAAAUGUGGGCGCUUCUCUGCAAGAACUGGCUCAGAAAGUUCAGGAUGAGAAGAGAGACCCUCCUGGAAUGGCUUUUCUCACUUCUUCUAAUAUUGUUUGUAUAUCAAUUAUCCUCCAAUUUGCAUCAAGUUCAUGACGCUCCUGAAAUGUCUGUGGUGGAUCUGGGACGUGUUGAUAACUUUAACGAUUCUAAUUAUAUGAUGGUGUUUGCUCCUGAGUCCGAAGCCACCCAUGAGAUAAUGAACAAAGUGGCCUCAGCUCCAUUCAUGAAAGGAAGAACAAUUGUGGCAUGUCCUGAUGAAAAAUCCAUGAAUGAGCUAGACUUAAAUUACUCGAUAGAUGCAGUGAGAGUCAUCUUCAAGGACACUUUCUCAUAUCAUUUGAAAUUUUCUUGGGGUCAGAGGAUCCCUAAAACAAAAGAGCACAAAGACCAUUCAGCUCCUUGUGAACCACUGAACAAUAAAAUGAUUUGUGAAAACUCAGCCUUCUGGGAAAAGGGCUUUGUAGCCUUUCAAGCUGCCAUUAAUGCUGGUAUCAUUGAGAUGAUCACAAACCACUCCGUGAUGGAAGAGCUGAUGUCUGUCAUUGGUUCCAAUAUGAAGAUGCCGCCUUUUAUUGCCCAAGGAGGAGUUGCAACUGAUUUUUUUAUUUUCUUCUGUGUUAUUUCCUUCUCUUCACUUAUAUACUAUUUAUCAGUCAAUAUUACUCAAGAAAGACAGUACAUGACAACAUUAAUGGCGAUGAUGGGGCUUCGAGAGUCGGCUUUCUGGCUUUCCUGGAGUCUGAUGUAUGCUGGCUUUAUCCUUGUCGUGGCUGUUUUGAUGUCUCUUAUUGUGAAAUCUGCCCAAGUUGUCGUCUUAACUGGUUUCAUGGUGGUGUUCCUUCUGUUUCUCUUUUAUGGCCUGUCUUUGAUAACUUUAUCUUUCCUCAUGAGUGUGUUGAUAAAGAAACCGUUUCUUACUGGCUUGGCUAUCUUCAUCCUUACCGUCUUCUGGGGAAGUCUGGGAUUCACAGCGUUAUACAAACAUCUUCCUGCCUUUGUGGAAUGGACCUUGUGUUUUCUUAGCCCCUUUGCCUUUACCACUGGAAUGGCCCAGCUUAUACAUUUGGACUAUGAUGUGAAUUCUAAUGUAAAUUUGAACUCUCCAAACAACUCGUACCUAAUCAUGGCCACGCUCUUCAUGCUGGUUUUGGAUGCUCUUCUCUAUUUGGUACUGGCGUUAUAUUUUGACAAAAUUACACUCAGUAAGUACGGACAUCAACGGUCUCCAUUGUUUUUCCUGAAGUCGUCUUACUGGUUUAAACGCAGAGGAGCUAGUCACGUGGUCCUUGAGAAUGAAAUAGAUUCGGAUCCCUCGCUGAAUGACUCACUGGAACCAGUGUCUCCAGAAUUCCAGGGGAAAGAAGCCAUCAGGAUCAAAAAUCUUAAAAAAGAAUAUUCUGGAAAGCAUGGGAAAGUAGAAGCCUUGAGAGGUCUGGGGUUUGACAUAUAUGAAGGCCAGAUCACUGCCCUCCUUGGUCACAGUGGAGCUGGGAAAACCACCCUGAUAAAUACACUCAGUGGACUGUCACCCCCUACUACAGGUUCCGUCACCAUUUAUAACCAGACAGUUUCAGAGAUGGACGACUCUGACGCCGUCCUCACGAUCACUGGAGUUUGUCCACAGUCCAACGUACAGUUUGGCUUUCUCACCGUGCGAGAAAACCUCAGGCUUUUUGCCAAGAUAAAGGGAAUUUUGCCACAUGAAGUGGAACAAGAGGUACAACAAGUUCUACAGGACUUAGAAAUGGAAAAUAUUCAAGACAUUCUUGCUCAGAAUUUAAGUGGCGGACAAAAAAGGAAGUUGACUCUUGGGAUCGCCAUUUUAGGAGACCCCCAGGUUUUGCUCCUGGAUGAACCAACUGCUGGGUUGGAUCCACUCUCGAGGCAUCGCAUAUGGAACCUACUGAAAGAGAGGAGAGCAGGCAGAGUAAUUGUCUUCAGUACUCAGUUCAUGGAUGAGGCUGAUAUCCUGGCCGACAGGAAGGUGUUUAUAUCCAAUGGGAGACUGAAGUGUGCGGGCUCUUCUCUGUUCCUGAAGAAGAAAUGGGGCAUUGGCUAUCAUCUAAGUUUGCAUUUGAAUGAAGCGUGUGAUCCAGAGGGUAUAACGUCACUGGUCAAAAAGCACAUCUCCGACGCCAGGCUGACCACGCAAAGCGAAGAACGGCUUGUCUAUAUCUUGCCCCUGGAAAGGACAAACAAGUUUCCAGACCUUUACCGGGAUCUUGAUAGAUGUUCUAACCAAGGCAUUGAGGAUUAUGGCGUUUCCAUGACAACCCUGAAUGAGGUGUUCCUGAAGUUAGAAGGGAAGUCGAUGGCUGAUGAAUCAGAUGUUGGAAUUUGUGGGCGCUUACAAAGCGAUGGGGCAAGAGACAUGGAAAGCCUCGUUGAGCUGGAGCAAGUGUUGUCUUUAGAUUCGUCAGGAAGCUCAGUGAGUGGCAUGGCGCUGUGGAGGCAGCAGCUCUGCGCAGUCGCGAAGGUUCGCUUCUUCAAGCUCAAGAAUGAACGGAAAAGUCUGAUGACUGUGUUAUUGCUUUUUGGCAUUAGCUUUGUCCCCCAACUUUUGGAACAUCUCGUCUACAAGGUAUACCACAAAAGUUAUUCAUGGGGGCUAUCUCCAAGUAUGUAUUUCCUUUCACCAGGACAGCCACCACAGGAUCCUCUGACCCACUUACUGGUCAUCAAUAGAACAGGUUCAAGCAUCGAUAACUUUGUACACGCACUAAGACAGCAGGGCAUAGCAUUAGACCUGGAUGCCCUGGGGACCAGAAAUGGCACAGAAGAGGCGCUGUACAAUGGUGCUAUCACGGUGCUGGGUGAAGAAAAGGCUCUCAGAUUUUCCGUAGCGUGUAAUGCCAAAAGACUAAACUGCUUCCCAGUCCUCAUGGAUAUUAUUAGCAAUGGGCUGCUUGGAAUAUUUAACUCUUCUGAACGCAUCCAGACCGACAGAAGCACAGUCUUUGAAGAACACAUGCUUUAUGAGUACGGAUUCAUGAGCAACGCAUUUUUCUGGAUACCAGUGGCUGCCAGCCUCACCCCUUACAUUGCGAUGGGCAGCAUCAGUGACCACAAAAAAAAAGUUCUUUCCCAGCUGUGGACUUCAGGCCUUUACCCGUCUGCUUACUGGUGUGGACAGGCUCUGGUGGACAUUCCCAUAUACUUCCUCAUUCUCUUUCUCAUGCAAAUAAUGGACAGUGUUUUUAGUUCUGAGGAGUUUAUAUCUGUGAUGGAGAGCCUGUUGAUUCAGAUCCCAUGUAGUAUUGGCUAUGCAUCAUCUCUCAUAUUCAUGACUUAUGUGAUUUCAUUCAUUUUUCGUAAUGGCAGAAAAAAUAGUGGCAUCUGGUCAUUUUUCUUCCUAAUUGUCACCAUCUUCUUUAUCAUUGCUACUGACAUAAAUGAAUACGGCUUUCUAGAGCUGCUAAUCUGCACCUUUUUAGUCCCUCCUUUCACACUGAUUGGCUCACUAUUGAUUUUUUCUGAGGUUUCCUAUGACUCUGUGGAUUACUUGGGAACGUCAGAAUCUCAACUCGUAUUUCUGGCAUUGCUGAUACCUUACCUUCACUUUCUUCUUUUCUUUUUCAUUCUGCGAUGUCUGGAAAGAUACCUCAGGAAGAAGUCACUGAGAGUGGACCCUGUGUUCAGAAUUUCUCCGAGAAGUUGUCCUGCUGUUCCGAACCCAGAAGAGCCCGGAGAAGAGGAUGAAGAUGUUCAGAUGGAAAGAGUGAGAACAACGGGCGCCAUGGCUACCCUACAGACUGAUGAGAAACCAGUCAUCAUUGCAAGCUGUCUGCGGAAGGAAUAUAUAGGCAGAACGAAAAGGUGCUUUUCCAAAAUGAAGAAAAAGAUCGCCACGAGGAACAUCUCCUUCUGUGUUAAAAAAGGUGAAGUCCUAGGGCUCUUAGGACACAAUGGAGCUGGCAAAAGUACAACAAUUAGCAUGAUAACAGGAGACACAAUACCAACCGCAGGUCAGGUGUUUUUGAAAGGGAGCGGUGGGGGUGCUGCCCUCGGAUUCUUGGGGUACUGCCCUCAGGAGAACGUGCUGUGGCCCAACCUGACAGUGAAGGAACACCUGGAGUUGUAUGCUGCUGUGAAGGGGCUGAAGAAAAAGGAUGCUGUGGUCACCAUCACACGGUUGGUGAAUGCCCUUAAACUGCAGGACCACUUGAAGGCUCUUGUCAGGACCUUGUCAGAGGGAGUGAAGAGAAAGCUGUGUUUCGUGCUGAGCAUCCUGGGGAACCCUCCUGUGGUACUUCUGGAUGAGCCAUCGACUGGGAUGGACCCCGAAGGGCAGCAGCAAAUGUGGCAGGCGAUCCGAGCCACUUUCACAAACACAGAGCGGGGCGCCCUCCUGACCACCCAUUACAUGGCAGAAGCAGAGGCUGUGUGUGACCGUGUGGCCAUCAUGGUGUCUGGGAGGCUGAGGUGCAUUGGUUCUAUCCAACAUCUGAAGAGCAAAUUCGGCAAAGAUUACCUGCUGGAGAUGAAGGUGAAGACCCCCUCACAGGUGGAACCCCUGAACACGGAGAUCAUGAGACUGUUCCCCCAGGCUGCUCGGCAGGAAAGGUACUCCUCUCUGAUGGUCUAUAAGUUGCCUGUUGAGGACGUACGACCUUUAUCCGAGGCUUUCUUCAAAUUGGAGAGAUUGAAAGAGAAUUUUGACCUGGAAGAAUACAGCCUCUCACAGUCUACUCUGGAGCAGGUCUUCCUGGAGCUCUCCAAGGAGCAGGAGCUGGACGACUUUGGCGAAGAAGCCAAUUCCUCAGUGAAAUGGAAGCUCCUCCCACAGGAAGAGCUGUAAAGUUCAAAGUCCUCUCUGUAUCCUCAAGCUCACAUCCCUCUUACAGACAGUAUAUUUAAGAGCAUCACUGUGCCUUACUUGGUCGGUGUGCAAACAGCUUAGAACACGCAGCCAGACUACGCUCAAUCAAGUCACGUUGCACACAGUGUGGAGUUUUAAACUGCAUUUACAAUAGUAUUGAUGCUUCUGAGCAUGCUAAAGAGACUGAUUGAUUUUCUUCGCCUGAACUUCAAAACAUUAACUUUUUUCUUUCCUCCGUGUCUAGGUAAGGUAUAAUGUAAACAAUAUUGAUUUUAGGGAGAAGAGGAUCAAUUGAUUUCCCAACAGCACAGUAUUUGUUUUUUUGUGUAACUCACCCUGACCUGUCUGUCAUUCACUAGUUCUUUACUCACAGUUUGCCCACUCUGAGUUACGGAGAAAUGUUUUGUCCACUGUGACUGACUGCGGAAGCAACUUUAAACUGGUGGACGUAAAUACUUGCAACCAUUAAAUAACUGUGUGCAUGUUUACAUACGAAUCUGAAACAUUUCUGAAAUUUUGAUUUGGGAAAAAGUAAUGCAGAGGAGGGGUACUCUUAGGUCCAAGGACUGGCUUUGUAUGUAUUUAUUUACCAAGUCUGUGAAUGCUACAACCUCUCUACUGCAACAUCAGUACAGUUACCUGGACUCUUAUCUAGGAGAUUUUUUUGUUGUUACUACUAGUAUUGUUACUAAUUAACCAAACAUCUAUAUGAAAUUAUAAGUUAAUAUGAAAAAAUUAUAUGAAAAAAAAUUCCCUUGAUGCUAAGAUUGUAACUUCAUAGUGUAUGUGAAUAUCAACUGCCCUCAACUUACAAGGAGACUUCUCAAGUAGACUUUGAGCAAAGGCUCUAAGCCUUUAAAGUUAAAAAGAGACAUUAAUGCUGGACUUGCUGAUGUACCUGCUUUAUGAAUAACAACUUAAUCCGUACACAUCAAUGCAUUAAAAACACUUUAUUUAGGGUCAGAAAACUGCCUCAGCUGGUUAAGGUGCCCAGUUGUCAAGUCUGAUGUCCAGAGUUUGAUCCUUGGGUGGGACCCAAAUUGUGGAAGGAGAGAACCAUCACUCAAGCUGUUUUCUGAUCUCCACAUACAUGUAGUGUCAGGCGUAUAUGUCUACAUACCUGCACUCAGGACAAACAAACAAACAAACAAAAUUUAAAUAAAAAUAUAAUGGGCUUUCCUGUGGUGUUUUCCAAUAUAGUCUGAUUUUGUUGAUCCUUCUCCGUUGACCCCUCCUUCCUCUUUUUCCUCUGUACCACUCUGGCUGGUCAUCUUACCCACCAGCCCUCUUCCAUUUUUUAUGUAGCAUGUAUUUCAAAACCUUCCUUUAUGUUCCCCUCCUUAAUAGUCCUCAUUAGUUUUUCUCAGUUUGUCACAGACUUGAGUUACUCGGUACAAGGGAACCUCAGUUGAGAAACUGUUGGUGUGUCCGUAUAGCAUCUUCUUUGCUUUUCAUUUUUAUCUUAUGGGCAUUUUCAUUGCAUGUAUAUCUGCACAUCACACAUAUAAGAUGCCUAUGGAGACCAGAAGAGGGCAUUAAAUAAACACCCAGAGAUUGGAAUUGUAUACAGUGGUGAGCCUCCAUAUGCUAGGACUGAGUUAUCUCUCCAGCCCCAGGCAUUUUCUUGCUGAUCAGUUGAUAGAAUGGUAUCCAGCCCACUCUCAAUGCUACCAUCUUUAGGCAAGUGAGUCUGGGAUGUCUGAGGAAGGCAGCUGAGCAAACCUGGGCAAGCAAACCAGUAAGCAUCAUCACUCCAUGAUCUCUGCUACAGUUCCUGCGUUGAGUGCCUGUCUGCUUUGGAAAUCAACUGUAAUCUGUAAGCCAAAAUAAAAACCUUUUCUUCUAGAGUGA